GGCAGUUCACUCAUCUUACAUGUAUGGCGGGGGUCCCUUCGUAUCACCGCAUGGCGCGUCCUCGGGUUGCGGAUGGAGGGACGGCCUCCAGGUAAGGAGUCAAGACAGGAAAUUGUGGCAGAACUCCGAUGCAAACUUCCGCUUUCGGCUAGCUCAUUCACUUUUUCUUCCCAUCAUGAAGUGGAUGGAUAUAAUACGGUCUCUGCAUUUUAUAAUCGCACAAUUUAUUUUACUGGGUACACUGCCAGUCAUCAGUGGUGACAAAGAUGACGAUUAUGAAGAUAUAUACAAUGAGCAAGCGAACUGUUUGCCAAAUCUCGCUGACAAAUGUUUUAGUGAUGUAUACACGAACAUAGCUUGUCACCUUGACCCAACAGCACCCAAAUACUGUGAGAAGCGUGAUGUGAAAGAUCUGUGCAGUGCUAGUGCAGAUGCCCUUUCAUGUGCCCAAGACAUAAUCGAUACGUCGUGUAAAGCGGAGGAAGGCAGGAACGAAUUUGAUGCCUGGAUGCAAGGACUCCAAGGGAUUUAUAGCUCUGUCUGUGAAGAAAACUUUGACAAAUUAAAAAUGUUGCUAAACACAGCUAAAUGUUGGAACGUUCUAUCGUUUCUCAAAUGUGUGGAAGAAGGAACAAAAAUUGGACACAUCGUUGAUAUGCUGCAUUCAAAACUGGAUUUGAACAGAUGCAGUCAUUUAAUGAUUGCAAUGGCUACCUGCAAUUCGAGAGCAACAAAUCCAGGACGGUCAUGCCGAUCAUCACAAGACAUUAUUAAUGAAGCUAUCCACGCUUUCUUCACACAAACAAAAUGUGGGCAGUUAGAAAUUUGCUCCUUCAAUUCACAUUCUAAGCUGACAGCACCUGUCGCAUUGGCAGUGGGUACUUUGUACAUGAACUUUCAACUGACUUGAACAUGUGCGUACAUAAACUCUUCAGCGUGUGAUCAGAGUGUCAUUUCAUAAAACUAAGUGCAUAAAAUUAUUGAAUCAAUCAAAGAAUCUCUACCCUGGAUAAAAGAAAAUUCGGACUUUCUACUUGCUGCGGGAACACACUUCAAGUCAAAGACGACAAGGCAAGGAACUAAUAUUCCGAGUUAGUCGCGAGAUACAUUCCUUGUAAUUAAGAAAAUAACUGACACUUUUGUACAAUAAUAAUAUAAGAUUUAAUGUACCUUCUUUUCAAGAACUGUAACAGAAGCGCAUGUUUGAUCGAUUGGAUGUCGUGAUACUGAUUAUGUUAUAGCCUGAUUAAGAUAUGUUUCAAUGUCCUUGUGUGCACAAAAGUUGAAAAUUGCGUAGUCAUGUGAUGUAAGAAGUAGUUAAAGUUCAUUAAUUCUUCUGACAUCUUGGAAUAUUGAUAAACUACUCACUAAUGUAGUAUCAACAGAAGAACAAUUAUUUUUUAUAACAGCUAAAUAAUGGCCAUGUCAUUCAUUUACGUAUUUCUAAACUUUUUCAUUGUAUAGCAUAGUUCCAUUAAGAUAACACUGAAAAAACUUCAAACAAUCCAUUCUAUCCCCCCCCCCCCAAAAAAAGACAUAUGGAAUGGGAAACAAGAUUUAACCUUCACAAUAUUCUGCUUUAAUGAAUAUACAGAGAACAGAACCAAGCAACUUAAACAUAUUUUGUAACUGUCACAAUUUUCUACAAUAAAUCAAAACUUCAUAA